UCGCGCAGUUUGUUCAUCCGGGGUUGGCACCCGCGCACCGCGCGCCCUCGUUUCUUUCUAGCCGCGAGGCAGGAACAGAUCAGCAAGCCAGGCAGGCAGGCGAGACCGCGCAGCUGCUCACCCGCUCGAGAUCGCGCGCUCGGACGGCCGGGAUCUCGUCGCCGUGAUUGGCAACCGCAACCGCGUCGGAAACCUCGUCCGUAAUAAACCGCGCGCCGCUGCCACUUGCUCGUCCGUCCGUGGAGGUGGGAAACCCUGGGUGGAACCGGGACUGUUCUGGCCCGGCGGCUCUCGGCGAGGUUUUGCUCGCUCCGCUUCGCUUUGUUUCUCGUGAAGUGCGUGACCCAGUACAUCUGAACCUACGCCAGGUGUAUAAAGGCACUUGAAUACAAUGGAAGGGGGUGCGACUGUAGCAGAUAAGGCAGAAUUCAAGGAGUGCCUGCGGCUUACCUGGACACAGCCUUACAUUCUUCAGCUUGUUCUGUCUGCUGGCAUCGGUGGUCUUCUUUUCGGAUAUGAUACAGGUGUCAUAUCUGGAGCCCUUCUGUACAUUCGAGAUGAUUUCUCUGCGGUGGAAAAGAGCACUGUAUUAAGGGAGACAAUAGUCAGUAUGGCUGUUGCUGGAGCUAUAGUUGGAGCUGCAUUUGGUGGCUGGAUGAAUGACAAGUUUGGAAGGAGGCCCUCCAUCAUAAUUGCCGAUGCCCUGUUCUUUGGAGGUGCUGUGAUCAUGGCCUUUUCCCCAACACCUGCAGUUAUCAUUAUUGGGAGGGUCUUUGUUGGUCUUGGUGUAGGAAUGGCUUCCAUGACAGCUCCUCUGUACAUCUCCGAAGCCUCCCCUGCUAGAAUCAGAGGUGCUCUAGUGAGUACAAAUGGCCUUCUCAUCACUGGAGGACAGUUCAUGGCGUACCUCAUUAAUCUAGCCUUCACUAAGGUACCAGGAACCUGGAGGUGGAUGCUUGGUAUUGCAGGGGUUCCUGCCCUGGUCCAGUUCAUUCUGAUGCUGCUGCUGCCAGAAUCACCAAGGUGGCUAUACAGAAAGGGUAGGAAAGAGGAAGCCGCAGCAAUCUUGCGGAAGAUUUACCCGGCAAACGAGGUCGAGCAAGAGAUUGAAGCCAUGCACCAGUCCGUCGAAGAUGAGGUGCUCCUGGAGGGCUCCAUCGGCGAGCAGGGCCUCAUUGGCAAGUUGAGGAAGGCGCUGGGCAGCAAGGUCGUCCGCCGGGGGCUCAUGGCCGGCGUCAUCGCGCAGGUCGCGCAGCAGUUCGUCGGCAUCAACACCGUCAUGUACUACAGCCCGACGAUCGUGCAGCUGGCCGGCUUCGCGUCCAACAACACGGCCAUGGCGCUCUCCCUCAUCACCUCGGGCCUGAACGCCAUCGGCUCGAUCGUGAGCAUGUUCUUCGUGGACCGGGCCGGCCGGAGGCGCCUGAUGCUCAUCAGCCUUGUCGGCAUCGUCGUGUGGCUCGCCGUGCUCGGCGGCACGUUCCUCGGCGCCGCGCACCACGCCCCACCCGUCAGCGACCUGGAGACGCAGCUGUUCGCGAACCAAACCCAGACGUGCCCCGAGUUCAACCCGCACGUCCGCUGGAGCUGCAUGAACUGCCUCAAGGCCGCGUCCACGUGCGGCUUCUGCGCUCACCAAGGAGACAAGCUUCUUCCGGGGGCGUGCUUGGCGCUGAACGACGCGUCGCGGCGGACGUGCCGCGCGGACCAGCGGGAGUUCUACACGGAGGGGUGCCCCAACAACUUCGGGUGGCUGGCGCUCAUCGGCCUGGGCGCGUACAUCGUCUCCUACUCGCCCGGCAUGGGCACGGUGCCGUGGAUCGUCAACUCGGAGAUCUACCCGCUGCGGUUCAGGGGCAUCUGCGGCGGCAUCGCGGCCGUGGCCAACUGGGUCUCCAACCUCAUCGUGACGCAGACGUUCCUGUCCCUGACCAAGGCGCUCGGCACGUCGGCCACCUUCUUCCUCUUCUGCGGCGUCUCCUUCCUGGCGCUCGCCAUCGUGUUCUUCACCGUGCCGGAGACCAAGGGCCUGCAGUUCGAGGAGGUGGAGAGGAUGCUCGAGAGGAAGGACUACAAGCCGUGGAAGAGGUACCGCGGCGGCGACGAGCAGCCGGCCAAAGGCCGUGAAAUUGGCCUCACUGCACCUUGAAAUUUGCAUUUCUUUUGUUCGUUUGGAUUCGAUUAACAAUAAUUCGUAGUUGGGUAGAUAGUGCCCUGAAAGAACCUCCCUUGCCAAUAGAUUUUCAGGAAGGAAAAAGGAGGCAUUAGCCAUCUCCUGUUAUGAAAUUGUGAAAAAUAUUAUAGCUGCUUGUUACCCUUUGUCCAGGAACAUUUAAUCUUCGUUUUUAACAUUACGGUGAAUAUUAAGUCGUAUUAUAUUAGA